ACCCAGCGGGCAAGGCAGGCAAGAGCGGAAGUUCGAAGAAGUGGCUACGAACUGGCACCUAACCAUGGAGGCCGAAGAAGAACCUCCGGCCGGACGUCGCUUACUCAGCCCAGCAGAACUGCUGGCAGCUCGAACACGUGAUCACAAGAUCCCCCAGCGCUCACUUGGUCAGAAAGAUUUUAUUCCUGAUGGAACAAAAGAACAAGAAUCAAACCUGCAUCAAUGUCGGAAAGAACACUGGCAACUUUUGGAGGAGGAGCGUGUUGUGCGUUUGGGAAGUUUGGUGAAGGCUGAGUGGAAGCCCCAGGAAAGUAUUGUAGAACUAAAAUCCCCUGCAGGGAAAUUCUGGCACACCAUGGGAUUUACACAGCAUGGGAAACAGUGCCUGCUUCCAGAAGAAGCCUUGUAUCUCCUAGAAUGCGGAUCCCUUCAGUUAUUUUACAAAGACCUACCUUUGUCAGUCCAGGAAGCUUAUGAGGAUCUGCUGUCCCCAAAGUCGGUCAGCCUACCAAAAUACCAGGUAUACAGCCACUUGAAGCGACUGGGUUACAUCGUUUUGAGAUUCCAUUCCAGCACUGUUCCAACACCUUACGAGAGGCAGCUGAAUCUGGAUAGCCACUACCAAAGCAGGGAGAGAAGCAGCCACAAGAGGAGAUGCUCCAGCCCCAGAUCAGUGAUGGUUGACCUUUUCAGCACUGAGUGCCAACAUUGGAGCGUGUGUGCAUCGGAGCACCAGAACUUGGAAGAUAGCAGCUGUCCAGUGCACAUAUCGCAAGAGAAGAAACCCAAGCUAUCUGAGAAAUCCCAAGAAUGGUCACCCAAAAAGGCUAAGAUCUGUCAUGCUAAUUCCAGUUCUACCGCAUCAGAUGGUUCACCCAAAGCAACAAUAAAGACACCGGAUCCAAACAUUGCAAAUAUUGAAUUGGUCCCAUCUUCAGGUAUCACAAGAGACUGCAGUGAAUUGCCCACCUGUUCUCAGAACUACAAAGAGACAUGUAGGAAGACCUUUGCGGAAAGCCAUAAGGAUACCUGUGCAUCCAGGUGGAAUUUCACCUCCAUUGGUUUUCCUAACAUGGGGGCUGAUUGCCCUCAAGUGUUCCUGCCAGAGCCUGAUAAGAGGUUCCUCCCAGAGAAUGUAGCAGCACAGGCAAUUGACACAAGCCAUUGGCACAGGAGGCUCAACCAGAAACAGGAGCGGUUGACCCGCAAGGAACAGGAGCAGCUGAAGUGGGACAGCAAAUACAAAAUCAGUGUCAAUGAGGAUGCUGAAGUCCAGCGUUGCACCACCUGGCAAGAAUACAAGGCACUUCUGAGAGAGAGGAGUGGUUGGGAAGAUCUCUGCAUACAGACAAUUGCCCCACUUGUGAAACCAAGCCAAGGACUUUCCACAGCUGACAUCCUUCAACAGAUCAGUGUUUUCCAACCCUCACGCUUAUUGGAGGAAGCAUUUCAAUUACAGAAUGAUUCAUCAGAGCUAAAAAUAGAUUUUGAUGUGUAUCCUGCUGAUGGUGCUUCAACUUUUAAAAAGAAUGAUCCUGGGAAGCCUUAUGUCCGGAUGUGCAUUCAAAGUUUUGAUGAGCAGGUCCCAUCCCUGAAGAUUGUCAAGCAACUGUCUUAUCAAAGUGGAGAUAUUCCGGUGGUGUUUGCUCUUGUUGACAACGGAAACCUCGCUUUCUUUUCUUUUAAGGAAUUCAAAUUGCCAAUUGAUAUUUAUCCCUGAUACUGAGGGUAUCAUUUGGAAAAGCUGUUUUAUAAAUGGGAGUGUUGAAAUAAAUGUUUACUAAGGGUUUGACAUUGUUCAGUAGGAUAUUGCCCGGAGUUCUGAUUUAACAGUACUGUGCUGCCAGAGGACAUAUAUUCUAUAUGGCAAGAGCCUAAAAAGAAAGAUCCGUUCCAACAACAUCUCUUCUGGUUAGAAAUACAGUUAUUUUAUUGUUUUAAUCCACAAAUUCUCUGUUUUUAGUUUGCUGUUACCUAAGCUAGCAUUUCUGCCAAUCUGGAACAGUUCACGAAUUUGAGCCUAGGCAGAGUCCCAAAAUAUAUUUCGGCAUCAGCUGAAUGUAAAAGUUGGAAGCUACUUUCAUGAAUCAUCAAAUAGCAAAGACAAAAAUAUUUUUUCUUAGUAAUCUUCAGUUCCAGACCCAAACAUGGAACAUAUGAGAAUAGAUGAAUAUAUAUAGAUCAUUUGUUAUACUUUUUCUACAAGAAAAGAUGAAGGCCAGAAUCAAUGGAAUUAUAUCAACACUUAAUUUCUAUUUGUAGAUCUAAAAGAUUUACCUAAUUUGUUUAGGAUUUGGUUAGUGGAAGACCACGAUUUUUGUUUUCUAGCAACUCUUCCAGAUGCAAUUUUAAAAGGUUUAUAUCAGCAAAUUUAUUUUACAUUCUUGGUUGCUAUGUCUUUUCCCCCUGCAGAUCCUGAUAUUUUCUCCUUACUAUGAAAUUCCAAGGCAGUUUAACUUUGCACUGUUACUAGGAAAAAGGGCACUGAAUAUUUCCUUGUUUAAGAGUAGCUGUUCAUGAGGAUUUUUACAUAGAAAUUGGAGAAAAAUAUUUUGCAUUUCCCAUUAUUUCAGUUUGGAAACAGAAGCAAUAAAAUUAUUUGUGUUAACAGAA